GGUGACGUCACGCAGCCGGAGCGCGUGCGGCUCUGUUCUGUAUCAGGAGCUCGCGACCCGGCGGUUGGGGGAAACAGGGAAGCUCGGACAAACUCUCCAGCCGAAACCCAAACACGACGACUGUUAAUUCUGUUAAAAUAACGGCGAGUUUGAGACAGUUUCACGCCUAAAAUGUUGCUAAACACCGAGCCGAAGGGUUUUUACUGACGCUGGAAGUUGUUUCGGGCGAUAAAGUUGACGGUGUUUGGGUGAACUUGUCCCGGGUUGUUGUUGUGGUGGAUGUAAUCGUCGACGAAACAGGAGGAGGAAUAAUGAUGGUGCUGCUGUCUCUGCUUUGACCCAGCUCCAUUUUCUACAGCACAAGAGAAACAGAGCCGGAGAAAAGUGAGAAAAAGAGGAGAAAUGGCCGAAGCACGGUCCGAGGAAGAGGAGGAAAACACGAUGAGGGACACCCGGGAACAAGUGGUUCGACGACAGCCGAACAGCUCCGGAGGUCGUCCUGACAGACGUAAACCAGAGCAUCGCCACAGUCAGGGGCCUCUGUCGUCCAUCAGAGCAGCCAUCAAAAGAACAUCCACCAGAUCAACCUCUCUGUCAGAAUCAUCCAGAGACAGAGACAGAGACAGAGAGAGAGAUCGAGACAGAGAGAGAGACAGGAGGCGACCAGAGAUAACCAUCCUGUCGGCGGAGCCACUGGCCUCCACAUCCUGGUUCCCCGGGGCUUCAGGAGGGUUCCCGCCUCCCCCUCCUCCUGCCGCACAGAUCUGGGGAUCGACUAUCCCUCCGGCCAUACAGCCUCCUCCGUCCUAUGAGGAGGUGAUCAGAGAGAAGACACAGGAGCAGGUUCUCCUCCCCUCUUCUUCCUCCUGCCUCCCCUCUUCAUCCCCGCGUCCAGCUUCUUCAAUAACCAUCGCCACGCAGACUGAUCCAGGACCCGCCCCCGAUCAACAAGACGCCAACGUGAGGAGACCCGUCAGACCUCCACGACCACGUCUCAGCCUCCCUCUGAAACCGUCCAACGUUGAUGACAUCACCCCCACCUCCAGCCAAUCGCAGCUCACCUCCGUUAACAGUGACAACACACUUUGCUGCGACUUCCUCACUGAGCUGUGUUCACCUUUGACUUCAAACUCCGGAGCUCAGACUGACCUUUGGGAACGGUCUUUUGCUGCCGUUGACGUGGCGACCACUCCAUCUACUUCCUCACAAGUCCCGUUGGAUCGUCCCAGGCCCCGCCCACGCUCCCGGCUCAGCGCUCCGCAUAUCAGCAACGAGGUCAAAGUGCAAACGUUGGUGAAGCUGCGCGAGGACGGUUUAGCCACGCUAGCUGCUCGCUCAGGAGCUAACAGCGCUAACCAAGACGUGGUUCAGGGGAAGUACCUUCAGGAGCUGCUCGAGGCCUUCAGCGCCGACGACUGGGGCUUCCCCGAUCGCCAUAGCAGCGGCAGCAGCAGUGGGAACAGCCAAUCGGAGAGCGAGGAGGGAGAAGAGGACAUGGCGACGUUGAGAGCGAGGAUACAAGCGUUCGAGCAGCAGGUGGCUGAUGGGAGCUGUGGAGGCACAAACUCCACGCCGCUGGAGUGCGCUGUCACAAAGAAACCUGAACCCAGGCCACGCCCUCGCCUCCAACCAACCAAAUCCGCCCCUCCCACCAUCGCCCCGAAGCCUAAGAACUUUUCACAAGCCACCAAACCGUCCACGAAAGUGUUCUGGGAAGAUCCCAGUUUGACCACAGACUCAUGUAGCACAGAGUCUUCAAAAUCAACUGAAACCCCGACCACAGACUUCAACCCUGCUGCCCAACCUUCAACUUCUUGUACCCCAAAACCUGCCCCGUCUUUGGUCCCCCAACCCUGCAGAAACACAGAAAAACCCUUAAUAACACCUAAACCACAGUCCACUCCAGAAACCCUCACAUCUGGAACCCCCGUCCCCGUCCCGGCCCCAAGACCCCCUCCACCAAAAAUCACCCCCUCAGACCAACAGACCAAACCUCCACCCAGACCUACAGUCGCUCCCCGGGCCAGCACGGGAGCUCUGACCCAGGAUAAGACCACCCCCACUCUGCCCCCGAGACCCUCAGCGGAGGUGAGCAGUGGAGCUCAGACAGAAACUGAGGAGACGCAGGACUCUACGAACCAAACUGUGAAAGUAGAAAGUGUACGUCCAGGCGUCCCGGCCAAACCAGCAGCUCUGACAUCACUGCGCAGAUCCAGCGCCCCAAAUCUGGCCCCCAAACCCACCGGUGCCUCCCCAACAACACCAGAUGCAAACCCAGUCCCACCCAAACCGUCAGCUGCUGCUCCAGCCACGGCCCCCAAACCUCUGGGACCAACUCCAGGCCUCAAACCUGCAACCACAGCUCCAGCUCCAGCUCUAAGGAAAGGCCCGGUAAUCCCCAACAAACCAGAAACUACCAACACGGCAAACCCAAACUCCUCAGAUCCUGCUCUUCCACCGAGGCCUACAGGUGUGAAACUCCUCCCCCUACGUCCUCCACCAAUGAAAUCCACCCCUGGGCGACCGCCUCCUCCAGCUAUCACGUCGACUUCCUCGUCCACUCUGUUGACUCCGCCCACAUCCAAAUCUGUCCCCGCCCUCUCGGUUUCGACAGCCAGCCAGUCUUCUUCUUCUCAAACCAUGCCCAGCCCUUCUUCUGUGUCAGCCAAUCAGAUUCAGUCAAAGGUUUCUAAGAAAGGACCGCCCCUUCCGCCCCGCCCUAAACCUGGACACCCCCUCUAUAACAGCAACACUAAACAGGAAGUCCUGAUCGUCCUGGAUGACCCGAGCCCUUCAGAGCCUCCACCAGGGGAAGGGAGGAGCCAAACUGCAGUCACCCCGCUCAUCAACCAAUCACAGUGUCUCCUGGAUCUGGACGACCAACCAGAGCUGGCUCCAAAACAGGAGAGCCAAUCAAAGCCAGCGCUGGCGGACCUCAGCAUGUUGGACUCGGAGUCGAUCCUCCCUGUGGCGCCCACAGAGCAGAAAGAACAGCCGGACGCUCCUCCUGUCAGCGGUCCUCGCUGCAUCGCCUUGUUCGACUACGAGGGAGAGGAGGACGACGAGCUCACCUUCUCCCAGGGUGAUGUAAUCGCCCUCCUGGAGCUCAUUGGGCAGGAGUGGGGGCGUGGUCAAAUCCACGGACGAAUCGGGAUUUUUCCGCUGAGUUUUACUGAAGUGGUGGAGCCGCCGCCACAGGAGGAGAAGGAAACGACAAAAUCAACAUCAGCAGAUACAGAGAAAACAGAAUCAAAGAUCUCAGAGGAGCCAGAGGUCAAAGUCAAAGAGUGGGCCGUGGCUCUGUUCGACUUCCCCGGCCAGACUGCAGAGGAUCUGUCCUUCCACAAGGGGGCGCUUAUCGAGGUUACAGAGCACGUCGACGCUGAGUGGAAGAGAGGACGAGUGGAGGGGAGGGAGGGGCUUUACCCUGCUGCUUUCACACACACCUGCCCGGCUCAGCCAAUCACAGACCAGCAGCCAGCACUGAGGGGCGUGGCCAAGUUUGACUUCACAGCGGAGAGCGAGGACGAGCUCACACUGAAGGUCGGUGACAUCAUCACGCAGGUGGAGUUGGUGGAUGAGCAGUGGAUUCUGGGAGCUGCAGGCGGGAAGCGUGGGAUUGUGCCUAAAAACUACAUUUCACUUCUCUGAUGAGGAAAUCCAAGUAAAAACAACGUUUGUUUGUGUUUUUUAUGGAUUUUUGCCGCCACUCUCAUCUGGUCGGUUUCAUCUGAACUGGAAACGUUUGCACACCUGUCUCAUCUUGGCGGAGAGUUUCUUUUAUGCGAGUGCUGUGAACACCUGGAUAUCACACCUCACCUGUUCCAUCGUUUCACACCUUUAAACGGAUGUUUUUAAAGACAGUAAAAGCAGCUCGGUCUGAAUUAGUUUCCUCGAGUUUGGUGACUUAAAUUGGAGGAACAACUCUGUGUAUUAUCACCAUGGCGACCAAAAGUGGGAGGGACCUCUGCUUCCUUAACGACUGAGAAAAACUGAAGCAAAGAAGCCAUCGAUUUUCAUCUUCCUGUCGUGUUGUCGUGGAUCCUUUUCCUCCGUGCUCAGGGGGGCGUUUUUGGACUUUGAUCUGAUCGACCAAUGAACCGUCUCCAAAUGUUUGAACCCUGAAGCUCCUGCAGCUCUGCACCGCUGUGAGCUGUUCUUAGAGAUUUGGAGUCAAUGAGAAUGACAGGAAGGGAGCACAUUCAGGUGUGCAGAGAUUUUCUUUAACGUGGUUCUUAAAAAUUCAAAUAUCCCGAUUAAGAUCUGAGAGACGGAGGACUCAGACUCGUCUCUUCUUCGUGUCUGAGUCCUGACUUGUGCUCAACGUGGACUGUUUUUAAAGUGUAAUAAUGUGUCUUUGAACUGGAAUAAGAAACCAAUCCGCUUAAAUGAGGCUUAAAAUCUUUUAAGGCAGCAAACAUAAGGAGCAUAUUUCGCCUCCUGAACCAGAGGAGAUAAGUACAGCUGAGUAUCCGAGUAAAAAUGCUUUCGAUAGCGAGACCUUCAAAUAUCGGUCUCGAGAACUCAAGACUGAUUUCGAGUACUUCAACACUAAGAAGACAGCAUGCAAACCUGCAUCGUAUUUUUUGACUCAUCGAUUCGAAACGUCCGUUAUUAGUUUCAGUUUUAAAGUAUCGCGAGGUUUUGAAACAUAACUUCUAAAGACGCUCGUUUGCUCCUCUGGUCCUGUUGUCUCCUCCUUAAAAUCAACAAAACAUCAUAGGACAUUAUUCUCUAAAUCUGUUGAAAUGUUUUCUUAAAUGUGGCCGUGAUACUCUGACGUAGACUAGAUCAUAAAACAGGCAUCAUGUGGAGCUUUCGAGCUGAAAGGAGACGCAGAUAUGAGUUACGACUUCAGCUGUUUGACAGACAGAAAUGUUUUUAACGUGUAGCGUCACUUUAGAGAGGGAGAGAAGACGAUAGGACAUCGUCAGUGUCACAAUGUUGUGCUUUAUUUAAGGUUUCUUAUUGGUGCUUUUUAUGCCUUUCUUUCCUUGUUGCAUGUUUUUCACUGAGAAACUCGUUAAAAAAAGGCUUUUAUUUAAUUUCCCACAUUCCCUAAACUGGACCUUUUUUCAUGAAUAACACUAACUCACAGUUUCCACAUACUUCACAGUUUCAAAAUAAAACACAAUAUACAGAUUCACGAUCGUAUUUACCAUCACUUUAUCCAUAUUACGCGUUUCCUGCAGCUUUAAAGGUCACAUAUUCAAAAUCCUCUUCACCAUGUUACACUAAUGUGUCUAGUCUGUCUACAAACCCCCCAAUUAUGAGAAAAGUCCAUCCUCUCCGUCUUUUACCUGCUCCACUUUUCAGAAAAUGUGUGCUCAAACAGGCUGUUUGGAGAUUUUCCCUUCAUGACAUCACAAAGGGCAGUAGCCCCUCCCCCAGGUGGGUGACACUCCCACAGCUAGGUGUUUGUUCUGCCCUCUGAGUCUGCCUUCUCACCGUAAACAAUAGGUCAUGGAGCGAGAAAGACACCGAGUACACCCAAGUCCUUCCAGAGAGGGGGGCGUGGUCAGACACAGCUAAUUUACAUAUUUAAAGGUACAGACACAGAAACAGCCUGUUCUGAGCAGGGCUGAAAUAGAGGAGUUUAUAGACAUGAUCAAAAACAGGAUCAGAGUGGAUGUAGAACAAGAAACUUCACACACAUGUUUUGAGGAGCUCUGAGACUUAUUUACAAUGUUUGAUAAGGGGGAGAAUAUGUCACCUUUUAAAGGUCGGUUUUUUUUUACCUUACCAGACUGUUAAGAUUUUUAGUUGAAAAACUUCAGCUGUAGUUUUUAAAUGUUUUGUUUGUCCAUCUUUUUUUUUUUACUGGUCUGUUCUCAUCUUUCCUUUUUGAAAUCAUCUCACGCGACAAGACUGAAUAUACGAGUCGUAAACUGUAAGUGUCUUUAUUAAAGGGUAAAUCAUGUUUUCUCUGAACGUGCUGUCAGCAGAUUAGAGCAGAUGAUGAUCAAUAAAUCAUUAAAUUUACGUUCUUCACAGUGUUUUGGACGAAUGGAGGGUUUUUUCUCGCUGUAGCAGGUCAGGGGGGAGGGGGUUCUUAUUUGGACACGAUUGUUACAUCAUCACUGGUUAAUUUGUUGGCAGCUCGUCAAAGACAAAACGUCUCCUGUUGCAUAUGAAUCCUUCUAGACAGAUCAUGGACGUUUGGACCGACUGUAACACUAAAUGUUUGUGUUUGAGAAAGCCAUGAAAGAGUUUAUUCAUUUCUUUGUUAGAGAGAUUUUAUGUAACCAAACAUUCCGACUUUUAAUACAAAUAAAACUUUGAGACAUUUCUGGACAAGAGGA